AAAUACAGUGUGACCAACACGGCAUACUGCACCAUUGAUAAGGGGCUAUGCAUGUGUUAUUGUAAUUUAUUGUGUAUAUUGAGCGGUAUUCAACAAGUAUAAUUCGCGGCAAGGUCGCGUGAACUAGACGCAGAACAACCAGCGCACGGUAAUACCGUGCGGUGCCGAAGAAUUGUCGGUCGGCUGGCCUGGCUGCCCUGGGCGCCACGGUGAAAACAUUCAAUCGUAAUGGCGCAUACUACGUGGACGGCGAAAGGUAUUCCGUAGUUUUUAACUGGCCGCCGUGUUCGCGACGACGAGGAGAAUCAGCGAGUGGAGCGCGGUAGAGAUAUGUAGUGUUUAGUGCGUUUAAUUUUCAUUAUUUUUUUUUUUUUUUUAUACAUAUAUAUAUAUAUAUAUAUAUAUAUACAUUUUUUAGUUGUCCAUUCUUUUAUCGCCCGGGUGAAAAUUAAAAUCGCACCCGUAGUAAGUAUACCUACGUUCCCGAAAAACCGACGACCGCGAUUACGGUAACGGCGCAACGGCAACACAAAACAUCAGCAGCCCCUUCAGCCGAGCGAAGACGUCGAAACGGGGCCACCGAAAGCUGACGUCCGACUGCGGUGGUGAGUAUUAACGAGCGGAGUCGAGUUUUCGUUUGCUACUAUUGUAAGUGGCGUCGCCGUACUAGAGUAGUACCGUGUCGCCGCCGCCGCGGCCGUCCCCGCUUACGUUCGCCCGUACACCGCCGUACAGGGCCUUCUCUCCAAAAUGGCUCUGCCCCUACCUUUACGUGGUGUUGCUGCCGCACAUGUGUGUUGACGCGCUACUACUAUUGUACACGGACCAGAGUGGUGUUGUGCGCGUGUGUGUGCGUGUGUUUUCAUCCCGACUUGGGUCAACGACGGUGGUGUGUGCCGUCGCCGCGUGUCCCUCUCCUAGGAGCCUUUUUUUUUAAUUUUUUUUUAUUUGUCCGUCUCGCACGCGUCGUCGUGUUCUUCCCGCGUGCGAUAACGGUAGUGUUGCGCGGGUGCGACGACAACACACGCCACCCGUACGGCGACGGCGGUCUGACCGUUUGUUGUUACCAAAUUAUAUUUUUUUCGUAUACCACACGGGACCGUCCACUGGGUUCCCGGUAAAUAAAACCGCCGCCGUGCUUGCGGUUGGUGUACGCACGGGAAUACGCCGUCUUCGUAUUUUGUCGGUCGGCGAGAAAGUAUCACCUAUACCCUCCGUCGCAAUUAUUGCAGAUUUUUAAUAUAAUAUUUAGAUAAUUUUAUCAUCAUCGUUAUUAUUAUUAUUAUUAUUAAGUAGGUCUUGUCACAUCCUGGUUCUUUAGAAUAAUACGAAUUUUUUUUUUUUCUUCAUUAUAAAUACGCGACUGGAUAGAGUAGAAAGUGAAAGCGUGUAGGUACUGCUACGAUUUGCAACCGUCUCUAUACGCACUGUAACAUUGCCGCAGUUCGUGAACCAACUAGCGUACUAUGCGUGUGUGAACGUACGUACGUACGUGUGUGUGUGUGUAUAUGUAUGUAUGUGAUUUUUUUUUUUUCAUUCUAUUCGCCAACGUGUGUGUGAUUUACUUUUUAAAACGCAUUCCGAUGCGUGUGCAUUUUUUUCGGGGACGUCUACUGUGAUAUUAUCAUUAUUGUUAUUUUAUUACACACACGAUUUAUUUGAUACGUAGGAAACUUGUAGAAAUUGGAGAAAAACCGUUUGGUCUCGUCUGUGGUUUAUUCUUUACUUUUUUUUUUUUCUGUAUCUGUUGCCCGUCGACUGCUACCGUCGCGGUUUUCAUCGAAUAGUUAUUAACAAAUAAUGUCGCGUUGACUUUUUUUUUUUUUUGUCCCCGCCGAACCCGAACGAGAGACGUCUGCAAAUAUAAGUUAUAACACAUUAUCAAUCCAGUUCGAAACAAAAGGUACCUAAUACUACUAUUCUCAACGAUUCUACAUUGUUUAUUAUUAUUUUUUUUAGGCUGUACACAAUAUUAUUGUAUUGUACACACGCCAUGGCGUAUAGGUACGUUGACUCGUCUCUACGAUCCAUCCGAAAAUAAUAAUCCCAAAACACCUAUUUGUAGAUCGACUAAAAUCUCUAAUUAUCAAAAAAAAAAAAAACUAUUAACGUCAAUCGUUGUAUUAUGGCUUGACGUCGUCGUUCAAACACCGUCGUAAUCGUCUACAGUAUUUUGUACGUUCAACUUUAUCAUCAAUUCCCCCUAAUCAAAUAAUAUUAUAACACUGUGCAAUAACAAUAAUUAAUUAUACCUAUAUAGUUGUAAAAAUCUAGCAACCGAAUAUCGAUAUUAUCUUAUUAGGUAUUUUAUCUUUUAUGAAUAUAAAUAAACGUUAUCGUGUUUUUUUUUUUUUCUGUUUCGUUUCUAGGUAGGUACUAGGUAAUCAAAUUUUUUAAUAUUACAAAGUAGAUAUCUACUUUAAAAAAAUCCGCGUAUAAAAUUUCUUUGUUAUGAUACAUACAUAUUAAAUAUUUAUACAUUGUGUGUGUAUAUGUUUAGCGGCCGUGGUCGUUUUUAUCAAUAUGUUAUUAUAUCCUUUACAUUAUCAUUUAUCACUACCAACACAAACAUUAUUUACCAAAUCAACUUUAUAGUUAAUCUUAAUUUUGUUUUUCUUAAUGUUCUUUUAAUUGUAUUAUAAUUAUUGUAUAUUAUACAUAGUCGACAUUCAGCAAUAAUAUGUACCUAAGUAUAACCUUGAAUAUAUCAGUUUAUAAUAAUGAGUAACAAGUUGUAGACAAAUUGUAUGUUGCGAAUAUUGAUAAAGCCCAGUUUUGGACUUUGCCCAUCUAUUAAACUGAAAGUAUGUUUGGGCGCUUUUUUUAUAAUAUUCCAUGUCAUAAAAUUUGUUUUUUUAAAAUCAUCCACAUCAAGUUUAAUAUUAGGUUCGUUACUGAACCAGUCGAGCAUUCGUAGCAGAUAAUAAAAAUUAAUAAUAUGUAUGGUCAACAUCUAUUCUACUCUUAUGGUUUACUCCAGUUUACCUUUGAGGGGGUGCUAUGGGUGGAUCACCACUCCCCUUUGGCAUUUUUUUUGCGGUGAUGUUUUAAUCCUAAAGGUAAUUAAAUAGAAUAGUAUUUUUACCCUUGGUGUAUUUAAAUUUUUAACCGCCCCCUGCCUAGCUCUAGCUAUGCCACUGGUUUACCCGCAACCAGAAACUAUUAAGAUGCCUAUAGUUAUAAUCAUUUGUUUGUAAUAUUUGUGUUCAUAUUAUAGUCGUUAUCAAUCUCAGUUAUUAAAUAUUCUCUAAAGGCACUUACUUAAAUGUCAGUUAAGUUGUUUUUAUAAUAAAAUACCUAUAUAAAAAUUAUACUGAUAAAUUUAAUACAAUUUUAACUUUUAAGCAUACAUAUCAUUAAACUAUAUUAUGAUAACAAGAUAAUUUUAUAAUAUUUAGAAAAUUUAAUUAAAACUAAAUUACCUUUGCAUAAUUGUUUAGUUUACCAAAUACCUAAUAAUUACAAAUUUUGAAUUAGAGUAGAGCGAAAAUGUAUUCACAGAGAUAUAUUUUUUUGAUAUUUAUUUAUUUUUAAAACUGUUUAUCAUUAUCAUAUUAACUGUUUCAAAAAGUUUUAAAAGAUAGCAUUAGAUAAAAUAUAAUUAAUGGUAAUUAUUAUAGAUGAUGCUUACUAGAUGUUCUUAUUGUCUUUUAAUAACAAAUGACAUUUGAAUUAGUUAUGUUCAAAUUCUAGAUAACUAGAUAAGACUACCCUAUUAGUGUUCUGAAGCAUCUAUUACAUAAAAUUAAAAUUUGUUUUACUUUGACUGAGAAACUUAAUUUAUUGAGAUAUCAUAUGAAUAAUAUUCCUUAAACUUACCUAUGAAGUUGGUACCUACCUAGUUAAUUGUUUAAUAAUUGAGAAAUUACAUUUUAUGUUCCUUUGAGUAAACAGGUACCUAUUUGAAAUACAUUUUAUAUUAAUUAAAUUCUUAGAAGUUUGAAUGAAAUACCCCCACCUGAUAUAUAAAUAAUAUUUUGAUGAAAACUAAAUUAGCCUAAUAGUGUAAUUUAAAUUACCCUCAUUACUUAAUGAUUUAGUUCUCGAAAUUUCUAAAGGUUUUUUCUAGCAAUUGAUAUAACUAAUACAAAAAGGUACAUAAUAAAUUGAUAUAGAAUUAUUCUUAGUACUCAUAAACAUGUAUAUUGUAUAUAGGUAGUGAUUUUCGUUAAAGAUGUACAAUGUAAAACGGGUAUUUUAUAAAUAUUUGAUUAUUAUAUAAAUAUUCAUUUACUUAACAAAUAACUGGGAAUUAUAUUGUUUGUUUAUUUUAAAUAGAGUAAUUUUAAAAUAUUCAACAAAUAGAAAAAUAAAAUAAUAUUGAUACUUGGUAGAUAUUAAACGUAUAGAACUCAUUUAUUUUACUUAUUACUUACUGUUAACUUCUGAAUAACUGAAACAAAAUAUUUACGAUGUGUCUGGGUGACUUAUAGAUUAUAAUUUAUAACUAUCAUUAUUUUUAUUAAAAAAAUAUUAAUAUGAUAACAUUACGAUAUCAAUUUUAAUUUACACAUCUACCUAUAUUUACAGGAUGAUUAUGCAAUAUUGAAUUUACUUGACUAUUAAUAAUGAUUUAAAUAACUUAAAGGGAUAUAGAAUUGGUAAUUAUAGUUUUUGAAAAAUGUUUGUUUUAUAAUAUAGUAUUGUAAUUUUAAAAAAUAAAUACAAGUAUUUAUUAUGGAUACCUAUAUAUUUUAUUGAAAUAUGGCCUCAUUCAUACACAAAUUAGUUUGUUAGGUACUGGUUUUUGAUAGUCUGAUAUUUAAAUUUAAAGUUUAAACAUAUUAAAUGGUUGAAUAUAAUGUAACUAAGAUUUAAUACUUAUAUACCAGUAGAUAAUGUUGGGAAGCUACUAUUAUUUAAUUUUUUUUCGUCUGAAAGCUCAUGUAAUUAAGGAUUUGUAUUAUGGUACCUAUCGUUUAAUUAUUUUCUUAUUUAUUAAAACUUAAAUAUUUUAAUUUUAGUUUAAAUAAUGAAUACUGGAAGUUAUCCUACAUUUGUGACCGCUGCGCCGGCAACUUCAUUCAACACCUGUUCAAGUGCAAACAUGACUCAAGUAAAUACUAGCAACAAAUAUACCAAUGUACAACAACAAACGGCUACUGUUAAUACCAAUACAAUUGUCAACACAUCAAAUACUAGUGGACAAGUGGUUGCAUUGUUAAACAGCGAUGAAGCUGGUGUUACUUACUUGAGACCGAUUGAGUCAAAUAAUUUUUCUGUAAAUUUAGCUGGAGUUGGUUCUUCUAGCCAACAAGGACAAGUAGGUUUUUAAUAUUUAUUUAAAGCGUGUUUUUUAUUACUUAAUUACCUGCUUAAUUAUAUUUUUUAUUUUAAUUUAGAUAUUUACUAUUCCCAUAACUGUUCCGGGUAUGAAGCCUGGUGACCAAAGUCAAACUAUACAAAUUCAAGUAGUUGGUCAAGGUGGUAUAUCAGGAGAAAAACUAUUACCAGUUUUUGGACCAAUGAUACAAUUAGCAUACAACCAACAACAAGAUAAUGGAAGCAUUCAACUUCAAGUUAGUAACAAUACAUCAUGAUAUCUUGAUUUAUUCAUGAAACAUGAAUUAUUUAUUUAUCAGUUGCAACAAGAAGGUGAUGUUUCAAAUGACCAAAUCCACAAUAACAACAAUGAUUCAAUGCAAUCAUCGGAUUUAUUACAAGAAGUACAAGAGGACCAAGUAAUUAAUUAUAAAAAUUAUUGAUUAUUUUAAUUUUAUGUUCCUUUUUUAAAUAAAUGAUAUAUUUUAGGAAAUGAUACAAGAUGUUAAACCAGUAAUUAUCGAACAAAGCGGCACAGAUAGUAAUGGUAUGCCAUUUCCUCCAUUAGCAGUAGUGGUAAAUCAAGAUAUGAUAGUGCGGCGUAAUCAGCAAGAUAACAAAAUAAUUGACGAUCAAAAAGACAAUCAGACGGACAAACGAUUAAGAAUUCAAAAUGAACAAGAUUCAAGUAAGUAAUUUAACUGUUAAAUAUUAGCAAAAAAAAAAAAAUGAAAUUUUUUUUAUAAUUUAAAUUUUUUCAUAGGCAAUCAAUAUGUAAUGACUUACUCUUCUAACACGAAUAAUUCUGUUUCAUUGGCUGAUUAUAUAUCAAUGAACCAUGAUAAUAUACCUCUAGGACACUUUUUAAAAUUUUCACCAGAUAAUUCUAAACGAGACAAUUUGGAAUCAUCUGGUGCUCAAGAAGAUGGCAAUAGUGAAAUGAUAGUGUUUGAAGAAACCAAUAAUCAAGUAAUUAUAAUUAUAUUGCUUUAUGUAGCUAUAUUUAAAUUUGUAUAUUCAUAAAAAAUAAAAUAUUUUAAAUGGAAAAUAAACUUAAUAGUUAAUUUUUUUUUUUCGUUAAAAAGUCAAAUUAAUAUUUUAGUUAUUCAUAAUUCAACAAACUUCAUAUGAAUAUUUUAUUUAUUAAUUAAAGUAACUAAACAUAUUUCCAUUCUAGAUUUGUUUUUAUCAAUGAUGAUACAGCUACGGUAAAAUCUGGAUAUAUAAUCUCAGUAUGGCAGGUGUUAUUUCAUUCUCAUAAGUGCGUUUUAUCUAGGUUUAUAUUUAGUGUUUUGAGUGUAUCACUAGACAGUGUUUGAUGGAGGACUAGUUUUUAUGUUCUCAUUAUCAUUAUUUGUGUGUCACUAUUGAUAACUAACACAAUUUCUUAGAGUGUUAUGAUUUUUCUAAAUUAGCAAAGUUUAUGACAAAAAUAUAUAAAUUUAUAAUAUUCUAAAUUUUAUGAAUCUUAGAAAUUAUGACAAACAUAAAAAGACAUAGUUAGUUAAACAGUUUAUAAAUGUAAGUAAAAUAAAACAGAAUCAACUGGAAGAAAUCUAAAAAAACGAUUUAUCUAUAUUUGACUGUUAUAAUUAACUACACAAACUGUUAUCAAUUAUAUAAUAUCAAUAUGAGGCAUUAAAUGUUAGCCAAAGUUAACCAAAAUAUUUUAGUUUUAAUAAACCUAUCAUAUUUUUUUUAUAUUUAUAUAUAAUACGUUUGUGCUUGUCAUUAAAAAUGAUUUAAUGUUUUAUUUUAAGGAAAAGGGUAAAAGAAAAAAAAAGUAUAAAAAGAAACCACCUGCUGCUAGAAAACCACGACCUGGACAAAUACAUAUUGCGACAGCAUUAGAUGGCACUCUUUUAUUUUGCUGCCCUGAAUGUAGUAUGGCUUAUCCUGAUAAGGAAAUGCUCGAACAACAUUUAGUUGCCCAUAAAAUAGAGAGAAGGUUUAUUUGUGACCUUUGUGGUGCCGGACUUAAACGAAAAGAACAUUUAGAACGACAUAAAUUAGGCCAUAAUCCAGAACGUCCAUUUGUGUGUAAUGUUUGUUGUAAAGGUAAUAUUUUGUUUAUUUCGGUAACUUUUAGUUUAUUAUAUUUUAAUUUGUGGCAAAAAUAACUUAACAAUAAUUUUAGGUUUUAAAAGAAAAGAACAUUUAAAUUUGCAUGCUGUAAUUCACUCUGGUGUAAAGACUGAAGUAUGCCAGGAUUGUGGUAAAGGUUUUUAUCGGCGAGACCAUUUAAGAAAACAUACCCAAAGUCAUAUAACCAAACGUCUAAAAGAAGAACAUGCAGCUCUUCAACAAAUGGUUGAACAAGUUUCGACAUCUGAUCGUCAAAAGCUAACAGGAUCAUCAACCCCACAACUGAUCCAAAAUCAAGGUCAUUCAGCACCAAUCAUCAAUUUAGCCCAUCAAGAAAUGAUAAUCGAUGCUGUUGCUAGUGGACGACAUUGUACCCCUUCCCCUCCAAAUGAUCAUCAAAUUGUCAUCACCAAAGUCAACCAAAAACUUACUGAACAAGAGUUGAUUAUACUUCAACAGCAGCAAAUUCAGCAGCAGCAACAACAGGUACAACAGCAGCAGCAGCAGCAACAACAACAACAGCAGCAGCAACAACCAAAUAGUCCAAAUAUGGCCCAACAAGAAAUGAUCAUUGAGACUGUUGGACAACAACACCAUAGUCCGUCUCCGCCACUUGUGGAACAUCAUCAAGUAGUUAUUACUAAACUGGAAACAAGUGAUGAUUCUAGGGAAAAUGAAAGUAUUGUCUUAACUCAAACUGAUGCUAGAGAAGCUCUUGGUUUACUGCACCACCAACCGCAAUGACCUUUACUUUCAAGUGCAGAGGUGACAAUCAAACAGAAGCCACCAUAACAAUGCAAGUAUACUAUUGAUAAUUUAUAUUAAUUGUUUAAUGAAAUUCAUUCAAUAUACAAAAAUGUAAAUUUUUUUUUUUCUAAUAUUCAAUCUAAAAGUUAACUUCCAUUAUUUUUUAAUAUUUUUUAAAUCACAUUUAAAUAUAAACAGAUGUGCUCAAAGUUUUAAAUUAUAAAAGUUUGGUGAUAUGAUAACAAGCUUAAUAAUAUAUUAAAUACUAUUUUGUGAGAUUAGGUAUUUAUUAUAAUCUAUUUAUAAUUUUUAACUACAUUAUUUUAUUUUAUUAUUUUUUUUUUUUUAAAUAAUAAUUUUCAUUAACCUAGCCUAUUAUUGUUUAACUUUAACCUCAUCAUUUUAAAUAGCCCAAUAACUAUAUGACUGUUAUUAUUAUAUCAUUUAAUUAUAAUUAUUUUUAUUAGGUGUUAUUGAAUUUGUAAUAUUAUUUUGCAAUGUUGAGUAUAGAGGAUUGUGAGGGGAGAAGACUCAUUGAUGCUUUUUCUAAUUCAAUGGAAUAAAAGAAAACCAAUCUCUUGCUCACCUUCCUUAAUUUAUUGAUGUUAUAAAAUCUAAUCAUUUAAAAAUGAUAUAACAUUAUAUUAUGCACUUACAUUAUAAAAUAAAACUGCAAUAUUAUUGAAGCAGGAUGAUAAAUAACUAUUGGUUAAAUAUUUUUUAUUUUUUUAAAUUUUAAAAUAUUAAGAUAAUUUAAUGAUAUAUAUACUAUACAAGUUUUUUAUAGUCUAUUUUAUUUUAACAACAAAUUGUAUAUUUCUAAAACUUAUAUUUGUUGCUGGAAAUAUUGCGUAAACAUGUUAUUUUUAUUUUUUACUAAACAUUUUAUUGUUCGUUAUUUUAUUAUUAAAAUGUAUAUAUAUAUAAUGUAAUUUUAAGAUAUUUAUUUAAAUUUGUUAACAAACACUUAAAUAAUAAUACAGCCCCCACUUUAUGUUUUAUUUAAACUUAAAUAAUUUAUUGAACUGUAAUAUAUAUUUUUUAAUUAUAAUAGAACAGAUAUUAUCAAUUUCCUAUUAAUGCUUAAUAGGUAGUUUUAUUUUUAUUUAAUUUACUUUUUAAACUAAAUUUGAUGUGAGACGACUUAACAUUUGCCUUUUUAACAUUCUUUACAGGGACCGUUUUUACUAUUAGUAUUAUAUCAGUUAAGUAUUUUAUUAAAUUUUGCUAUAUUGCAGUGAUUUUACUACCAAAUAUGAUUAAAAGUAUAUAAAUUGAAUUGUAAAUGCUUUGAAAAAUGUAUUUGAUCUAUUAAUAUUAUUUUUUUUUUUUUUUUUAAGUAAGCACUGUGAUACAAAGAAACUAAAUUAACUUGUCUAUUGCUUUUCCUCUGUAAUGGCAUUACGACAUCAGAUAUUAAUAAUGUGAUAAGUCAUAGUUUUUAAUAUACACACAUAUUUACACAUAUGUAUGUAUAGUAUACAUUGUAUACAUAUUCUAAAAAUGUAUAAACAAUGUACACUAUGACUAGAUAUAGCCGUAAUGAUUUGAUUUGAGGGUAAACAAAUAUAUCUUAGUUCUUUAUAAGCUAGGUAAUUAUAAUUUAGUAUAAAAGAACCCGUUAUUUUGUGUUAAGAAUAUUUUUUGUUUUGUUAUUUUGUCAAUUGAAUUAUCUAAACCAAAAAAAUGUAAUUUACAUGAUACAAAGUGUAACAUGUAUAAUGUUCUAUAAUUUUAAAUAUAAACUAUGUGAUAAGUUACAAUGUAAAUAGAGAGGUGCAUAUCAUCAUCUAGAUCUAAAGUGUUAAAACAAAAAUGACAAUAUUUUUUUUACUUAAUAUGAAGUUUUGUACAGCUAUUUUUGUUAGCCAUUUAAAAAAAAAAAAAAAUAAUAAAAAAAAAGGACAACUUGACUUAUUUUAUAGUUAAAAUUUCUGCAAAAUUGAAUGUUAUUAAUUACGAUCACUUUUAUAUUAUUAUUUAUGUUAAUAUUUAUACUUAUGUGUAAGGAAUGUUUUGUAUUGUAUAAUCGUAAUAAUGCAUUAAUAUUGUUGGUUGUAUGGGCUAGGUUAAUUAAUUUCAUUUAGUUCAGUUUAUAUUAUAUUUUGUCUUAAUAAUUAUUGGUUAAACGGUUUUGAAUAAUACAUGCAUUUAUUAUCAUGAUUAACAUAUUAUUACAAUUUUUUUUUUUUGUUUUUAGUUUUAUUUAUAAAAAAAAGAAUAAAAACAAAUGCAUGCAAUUUGUGUAUUUAUUGAUUAUUUAACAGUUACUGUGUCGUUUAUACAUUAUGGAUUCACUUUGAAUUACUUUAGUAAAAAUAAAAAUGUUUAUAUAUUUAUUAUUUUUACUUAUAAUUUUCAUAUUUAUCUUAUUCCUACAAUUUAAUUAAAUUAGUCAAUUAUGUUCUGAUGUUUUCUUGUUUAUAUCAAAUUAUGCAUCUGUUUCAUAAUAUGAUAUGAUACAUUUUAAAUAUGUUGCACUUGGAAUGAAAAAAAAAAU